UGUGCAGCUCGUCCUCUCUCUGCCGGACAACUUGCAUCCUUUUCUCAGUUUUUUUUUUCUCUCUUCUUGAGAUUUGAGAAGACGUGAGUGAUGCUGAGCGACUGUGAGGCUGCGAUGUUUCUCCCGUGAGAGCAGUUUAAUGUGCUCUUUAUCCGCUUGUUUCAGAGGAUUACUCCUUCCCUCAGUAACGAUGGGUUCUGGGAUGUUGGACUGGAGGUUAUCGUGUCUUCUUCUGCAGGCAGCUGCUCUGCUGCUGCUCAGCGAGGGGGAGAGGAUGUGCCCCUCCAGUUGUCGCUGCGAAGGGAAGAUUGUUUACUGCGAGUCGGGCAUCUUCCAAGACAUCCCGGCGAACAUCACCACGGGAUGCCAGGGUCUGUCUCUGCGCUAUAACAACCUGCUGGUUCUGCUGCCGUACCAGUUCGCUCAUCUCAAUCAGCUCAUCUGGCUCUACUUGGACCACAACUCCAUCAACGAUAUAGAUGCGUUAGCCUUCCACGGUGUGCGCAGGCUCAAGGAACUGAUCCUCAGCUCCAAUAAAAUCUCCCAUCUGCACAAUAAAACAUUCAGAGCCAUACCAAACCUGAGGAACUUGGACCUAUCCUAUAAUAAGCUGCAGUCUCUGCAGCCAGGACAUUUUUAUGGGCUGCGAAAGCUUCAGAACCUCCACCUUCGAUCCAACGGACUGAGACAGAUCCUCAUUCGUACCUUUCUGGAGUGCCGCAGCCUGGAGUUUCUGGACCUUGGUUAUAAUCGCUUGCGGAGCCUCACCCGCACCACCUUCUUAGGACUGUACAAGCUGAAGGAACUUCACUUGGAGCACAACCAGUUUUCCAGGAUUAACUUCUUCAUUUUCCCACGCCUCACCAACCUGCAGGCUCUUUACUUGCAGUGGAACCGCAUUCGAUCCAUCAAUCAGGGCGUGCCUUGGACCUGGCAGAAACUACAGAAACUGGACCUGUCAGGGAAUGAAAUCCAGAUCCUGGACCCGGCGGUUUUCCAGUGCAUGCCGAACUUACAGACGCUCAACCUCGAAUCCAACAAGCUGAGCAGCGUGCCUGUGGAAGCUGUGGCGGCGUGGACGUCGCUCACCGCCAUCAGCCUGGCAGGUAACGCCUGGGACUGCAGCCCCAGCAUCUGCCCGCUCAUGGGCUGGCUCAGAAACUUUAAGGACCCCAAAGACAUCAGCAUGAUCUGCAGCAGCCCCAAGUCUGUGCAGGGCGAGAGGGUGGUGGACGUGGUGAGGAAUCACUCGACCUGUGGCGACUUGUCAGAUGUGUUAUCAACGACUGCCCUCUUCUUCAUUCUCACAUCAACCCAGGCUGUGAACAUCACAGAUUACCUCUCUCCCUCCGCUGCCACACACCUGGAUCAGACCGACUCACCUGUGCAGGGAUUAACCCCGCUGUCUGUCCGUCCGACCGCAGCAGGCAGGAAGACGACGACCGUGAGCUCCAUAUCAGCCGUCUCCCUUGAACCCCCGACAUCGUUUACCCCAGAGCUACAGUUCGAACAUAUGGCUUUCCAUAAAAUCAUUGCGGGCAGCGUAGCCCUGUUCCUGUCAGUGUCAUUGAUCCUUCUGGUUAUUUAUGUGUCGUGGAGGCGCUACCCCAACACCAUGAGGCAGCUGCAGCAGCACUCAGUCAACCAUAAACGCAGGAAAAAGGCCCGCAAGCAGGAGCAGGACCUUAACUCUCAGCUGCAAGAGUACUAUCUGAGCUACCACUCGAACUCUGAGACGAUGGACACUUUGGUGAACGAGAGGCCGUGCACGUGCACCAUAUCGGGAUCCAUAGAGUGCGAGGUCUGAGGUCCACCUUAAGAGACUAGAACUGCAAUUUGUGAAGCAGAGGUAAAUGGUUUUUCCAGCAGAUUAAGUGGCUUUAUCUCUAAUGUGAGGUGACGGAUUCUGCAGCUCUGGGGGAAACACUUCGGGACAUCGUAUAAUAUAAUUAUGUGCACAGAAAACAAGACUGGAUUGCGGAGGUAUAUUUGGAGCUAAUUGUCACCCUGACUGACACGGGAACAGUGGCGGGGUCAGCCAGGUUAGCUGCGUGUAAUCUAAAGACUGGAUCUCUGCUACAGUAGACGUCAGCUCUGUACAGAGGCUGACCUUAGUCUAACUAUAUCGCCAUAGAACAAACCAACCAACAAGGCCACUUUUUACAUGCUAGUUCUGUUUUUUUUUUUUAUCAUGUAGCUUGUGGACAAAUAUAGGAUGUGUGUGCGUCUUUGAGUGUAUGUGUGUGUGAGCGUGUUGUGGGGGUGAUCUCCUGAAUCUUACUGACUGCUGGUUGGAAGAGAUGCAGCACUUUUUCUUCCUCACAGAUACAGAUUGGUCCCAUCAAACUGUUUCUGCAUUCGGCACAUGGUGCAGCAAUUAGAAGGAGCACUUCUGCUAAAAAAUAAAUAAAUAAAUAAAUAAAUAAAUAAAUAAAUGAAGUGAGCAAUGGCAGAGAGGGCAUCUCGUCCUGAGAUCUGUUGCAUGAAUUCAUCCUCCCUCCUGCAGAUGCUUCUGUCUUUUAUCAAACCAUCAGCUCUAAUUGAUGUAUUUCAGUUCAUUGUGGAAAAAGCCCAACAAACAAACUGUUCUUACGGGCACAGUUCAGGUGAAUUUUUUAGAAUUCAGUCAUCAUCUCCUCCGCCCACGCUGAUGGAAAGCAAAGUUUCGUAGUCCACAAAACAAAACAACAACACAAAGAAAACUCAUUUAACAGCUGAAGUAGCUGGAGACUUGUUUUAAAACGUUGAAAACGACAGUAAUGUGUAAAAUGGCUCCUGACCAGAGCGCGGACACCCGACCUGAGCACAUUAGAAGCAGAUGGCCCUGGUUGCUCAGAUGGUGGUCGAGUCCUCGCGGCAGUGGCCCGGGGUUUAAAUCCGACCUGUGGCCUUAAUGCUCCACAUCAUCUCCUCUUCCUCAUCCCAUUUCCUAUCUAUCUUUGGCUGUACCAUCACAAUAAAGCCAUGAAAACCCCCCAGAUAUAUGUAUGUAUAUAAAAAACCCUAAAAACAAUGUCAAGGGAAGGUUCAGAUUCACUCACAUCAGCUUUUAAGACACAAUAUAGCUUUAAGGAUCGCCUACGCUGUACACGUCUGUAAUCAGGGUAAACAUCUGUACUACUGUAACUAUGGUAACGACCGUAUGACAGGCUGCAGCUUACAUUAACUUUGUCGAGUCGGGUCGUGACGUAAAAAACAAAAAGAAAUGACAGAACGCCUCAGGCCCAAUCCGGAAGUGGGGGGAGGAGAUGGUGACUGAAUUUUAAACUCUUGGUGAACUGUUCCUUUAAAACACACGAGUCUAAUCUCAGGACUGAUAUUUUCCAAGCUGUAAAAAAAAAAACAACAGAAAAAAAAAAUAAAUCUGUCAGGUCUAACGAAGGCCUUGGUGUGUCAAAAAUAAUGCUGUCGGUUUUCAUAAAGACUUUUGUAUCGAUUAUUACUAUCAUUAUGAUUAUGCAUUGUUUGUGUA